ACGUUUGGACAGUGUUUACUAGGCCUCCAGCACUCUCCCUGAGCCCUGCCCCCAGCUCUGAAAAGAAAAGCUUCCUGGAAAAGUCCUUGUUAUCACUUCCCACGUCGGGCUGGGGGCUGGGAGCUGGGAGCGGGCGGUCCCCUCCGCCCCCAGCUCGGCAGCUCCGCGGGCUCGUAAGCUCGCAGGCGCCGCUGCGCCGCAGUCUUCAGAGAGCGGCGCCCGGGUCGCAGCUACGGGGCGCGCCGAGCGCAAGGGUCCCCACAGAGACGCGCCACCGUUGCCGCCUGCGCCUCCGCCCGCUUCGCCAUGAGGGUCCUGGGUGGGCGCUGCGGGGCACUGCUGGCGUGCCUCGCCCUAGCGCUUCCCGUCUUGGAGGCGAACUUUUUGUCAAAGCAACAUGCUUCACAGGUCCUGAUUAGGAAACGCAGAGCAAAUUCUAUGCUUGAAGAAAGGAAACAAGGUAAUCUUGAAAGAGAAUGCAUCGAAGAACUGUGCAGUAAAGAAGAAGCUAGGGAGGUCUUUGAAAAUGACCCUGAAACGGAAUAUUUUUAUCCAGCGUAUUUAGCUUGUCUUGGCUCUUUCCGUGCUGGAUUAUUUACUGCUGCCCGGCUGUCAACUAAUGCUUACCCUGACCUAAGGAGUUGUGUCAAUGCCAUUCCAGAUCAGUGUAAUCCUCUGCCAUGCAAUGAAGAUGGAUAUUUGACCUGCAAAGAUGGCCAAGCUAUGUUCACUUGCAUUUGUAAAUCAGGUUGGGAAGGAGAGAAGUGUGAAUUGGAUAUAAAUGAAUGCAAAGAUCCUGCAAAUAUAAAUGGAGGUUGCAGCCAGAUUUGUGAUAAUACACCUGGAAGUUACCACUGUUCCUGUAAAAGUGGUUUUAUUAUGCUUUCAAAUAAAAAGGACUGCAAAGAUGUGGAUGAAUGCUCUGUGAAGCCAAGCAUUUGUGGCACAGCUGUGUGCAAGAACAUCCCAGGAGGCUUUGAAUGCGAAUGCCCUGAAGGCUACAGAUACAAUCCCACAUUAAAGUAUUGUGAAGAUGUGGAUGAAUGCUCUGAGAACAUGUGUGCUCAACUUUGUGUAAAUUACCCUGGAGGUUACUCUUGUUACUGUGAUGGGAAGAAAGGAUUCAAACUUGCCCAAGAUCAGAAGAGUUGUGAGGCUGUUCCAGUGUGCCUUCCUUUGAACCUUGACAAAAAUUAUGAAUUGCUUUACUUGGCAGAGCAGUUUGUAGGGGUUGUUUUGUAUUUAAAAUUUCGUUUGCCAGAAAUCACCAGAUUUUCAGCUGAAUUUGAUUUCCGGACAUAUGAUUCGGAAGGUGUUAUCCUGUAUGCAGAAUCUUCUGAUCAUUCAGCUUGGUUCCUGAUUGCACUUCGUGAUGGAAAGAUUGAAAUUCAGUUUAAGAAUGAACAUACAACCAAAAUCACAACUGGAGGCAAAGUUAUUAAUGAUGGUCUAUGGAAUAUGGUCUCUGUGGAAGAAUUAGAGCAGAGUAUUAGUGUAAAAAUAGCUAAAGAAGCUGUAAUGAAUAUAAAUAAACCUGAAAGCCUUUUUAAGCCUACCAAUGGGUUUCUAGAAACCAAAGUAUACUUUGCGGGACUACCUCGGAAAGUGGAGAAUGCACUUAUUAAACCGAUUAACCCUCGUCUAGAUGGAUGUAUUCGAGGCUGGAAUUUGAUGAAUCAAGGAGCUUCAGGAGUGAAGGAAAUCAUUCAAGAAAAACAAAAUAAGCAUUGUCUUGUCACUGUGGAGAAGGGUUCCUACUAUCCUGGUUCUGGAGUUGCUCAAUUUAGCAUAGAUUAUAAGAAUGCAUCCAGUGCUGGGGCUUGGCAAGUAAAUGUGUCCUUGAAUAUUCGCCCAUCAGCAGGCACUGGUGUUAUGUUGGCCUUGGUUUCUGGUAACACAGUGCCUUUUGCCUUGUCCUUGGUGGACUCUGCCACUGAAAAGCUUCAGGAUAUCGUGGUAUCUGUUGAAAAUGUGGAAAUAGCUCGAAUAAAGGCCUUAAGUCUGUGUUCCAGUCUACAAUCCCUUCUGGAAAUGAGAGUCAGUGUAAACAGUUUGGAGCUAUUGACUCAAUUUGAAAAACGUAGGAUCUCCUCUGAAGACUAUCAGGGACAAUUUGCCAUCUUGGAUAAAGCAAUGGAAGGAACAGUGGCCACUUACCUGGGUGGCCUUCCAGAUGUUCCAUUCAGUGCCACACCAGUGAAUGCCUUUUAUAAUGGCUGCAUGGACGUGAUCAUUAACGGUGUACCGUUGGAUCUGGAUGAAGCCAUUGCUAAACAUAACGAUAUUAGAGCUCAUUCAUGUCCAUCGGUUUGGAAAAACACAAGGAAUACUUAAGGCAUCUUUUCUCUGCUGAUAUCUUUUUCCUGUGUAUAAUUAUACUUAUGUUUCAAUACUAGUUGAAGGGUUCAACUUGUGAUGUGCAGACCUUGAUUAUUUUGUGGUAUUUUAACCUUUCUGGAAUUUUAAAAAGGUCCUUUUUCAAGAAAACAGGGUUCUUUUGUGAUAUAAAUCACAUUGAAAAAUUCUUAUCUCUGUUGCUGUUUAGAAAUUAAAUAAUGAAACAAAAAAUUUUAAUUUGAAUGUUUUGCUACAAAUGGCAUUUCUUCAUUUUUAUGUUUGUAAAAGUAAAAUGUAAUUUUAUCAUCAUGAA